GGAAGUGGGACAGUGUCUCCUAUGGGAAAGCGGGACCCGGCGAGCUCUUUGGCCGCCUUUCCAGUUUCGGAGGUAUCCGCCCCCGUGCGCCGGAGGCAGCGCAGCCCCGAGGGCGAAAGAAUGGCGGUUGGCAAACUUGGAACAAGAGCGCGCUCGGGAUCCAAAUUGCCGGAAUUGUGGCGGCGGCGGGGGCGGCCGAGACCCAAGUUCACUUUUUCCGCCCGCCCGCCCGCCGACGGGUCUUAGGGAUCGGCAUUGCUCUAGCUCCAACCAGGUGGAGCGCCUCGCCAGAGGGAGUUGUGUCAGUGUGCUCCGAGGCCCGGAGGGCGGCGGCCUAAGCGUGCGGGGAGGGGUCCCUGGGGUCCGGAGCGCCUCUCCCCGAGUCUCCCCUCCCACCCGCCCCUCCCAGUCUUUCUUUCUUGCUCCUUCCCCAGGCUGGCGGGACCGGCGCAGACUUGCCCUAGACCUACGGGGAGCGCCCCGGGUCUUUAAUGACAGCUUAAAAGAGGCUGUUGGAAAAGUCGAAAGGGAUGAGGCUGACGUGGGGCGUGUUUCGCUCCUUUGCAAGAGUCGGAAAGGGAGCUGGGAGCCGUGCGGCUGGCCCCAGGCCCCCGCGCCUCGCCGCCAGCAAGUAGGUGGGGGAGCCGCCGCCGCCAGCCCCAUCCCGCUCCCAAGCCUCGCCCGCUGCGCCCUGGCCGCGGGCGCAGAGAGGGUGCGGGGCCUCGCCGUGCCUCCUCCACCCUGCUCAUUAACCUGCCUGCUCCGCUCCGGGCGGCCCCAGACCCGGCUUCUCCGAGCAGCACCCGCGGCCAGCCCGGCUCUGCCGCCUCCCCGAACCCCCGGCUCCGGGGGGCAAUGAGGGGGCAGUGGAAGGGGCACUGCUCCUCGGGCAUUACUUAGAGAAGCGAGACCGCCCCGCCCUCCCGCCGGCCCUCCCUCUCUCCCGCCCGGGCCCGCGCGCCACUCCGCCAGAGGGUAAGUUGGGAGUGUUUCACCCCCACCGACAGCUCUCCCUCCCCUUUCUUCACCCCCCCCCCCGUUAAAGUUUUCUUAGGAGUGGGGAGAGGGGUGGGGGAGGAAGAGGGUCCAGCCAGCCUCCGUCCUUACCCUCUCCCUGCCUAACUUACCCCCGCCUCCCCUCCCCUCCAUCCCCUGCGCGCCGCUGCCCCUCCGGAGUAGCGCUCCGAACUGACAAUUGGAGCGCGGCUCCUUUAAGAGCCCGGCUUUGCCUCCCGGUAGCUGAAGGUCAUUAAACACAAAAGCUCUCAGCGCUGCGGUCCAAUAUAGCGCAUGCGCCCUGCCCGAGGACUGGCAGAGAGACGGCAAUAUGGCGAGAAUGCCUGGCAGCGGGGACUGUAACACCAGCGCGGGCGGCAGCGCCAGCGCCGCCGCCGCCGCCGCCGAGAACAAUGGGGAGCGGGGCGAGGGCGAGCGCGGUGCUGGGGGCCGCGGCCGCCGCCACGGCCGCCCGCACUACUGCAGCGCGGGCGAGGAGGAGGAGGAAGAGGAGGAGGACGACGAGAUCCAAGAGGUGCAGAUAACGGGGGACGAGGAGGAGGAGGACGGAGGUGGGGGGCUGGAGGAGGACGAGGAGGAGGAAGAGGAGGAGGAAGAGAUGGGGCUGGACUGGGACGAGCCCCUGGAGCCCGAGGACUCGGCCGGGGAGGAGUUAGAGCCCGAGCCGGUCCAUAUGAUCAAUAUGGACCAGAGCGCCGCGCUGGAGCCCGAGGCGCCGCCGCGACUGCUGGCGCCCCGGGCCCGCGGCGGGCCGCCCGGGGACAGCGCCGAGCUGGACCCCGACGUGCUGCAGCGCCCCGAGCGGGCCCGGCUGAGCGAGAACACCCGGCUGGCCACCCGCUACGCCGUGCGCAUCUUCCGGGAGUACCUGAGCGAGAAGGCGCAGAGCCCGGACUUCGAGACCAUGGACAAGGGGGCGCUGUGCCGCGUGCUGCGCUCCUUCUACGCCGAGGCCCGCUCCAAGAGCGGCCAGCUCUACAGCAAGUCGUCGCUCAUCAGCAUCCGCAGCUCCCUCAACCGCUACCUCAACGAGCCCCCGUACUGCCGCACGCUCGACCUCACCAAGGACCCCGAGCUGCGCAGCGCCAACCUGACGCUGGCCGCGGUCAUCCGCAAGCUCGAGGAGCAGGGCGCCGGGCCCGUGGUGCAGAAGCAAGCCAUCACGCGUGCCGACCUGCGCAAGCUCUACACCUCCAGCGUCUUCAGCACCAACACGCCCUUCGGGCUGCUCAACAAGGUCUGGUUCGAGACUUGCAUGUACUUCUGCACGCGCGGCCGCGAGAACCAGCGCGAGCUGGAGGAGGACUCCUUUGGGCUGGCUAUGGAUGAGGACGGCCGCAAGUUCGUCUACUUUAAGUCCCUCGGGCCUUACCAUAAGUCGCGCUCGUCGUCGUGGAGCAAGAAGCGUGCCGAGAGCAGCGACGAGGAGAACUUGCCCCGCAUGUACGAGACGGGCACCGAGUUCUGCCCCUACGCCAGCUUCGUCAAGUACCUGUCGAAGCGCAACCCCCUCUGCAAGGCGUUCUUCCAGCGGCCCCGGGACCACUGCAGCGAGGGCGAUGUGACCUGGUACGAGAACAAAGCCAUCGGCAAGAACUUGCUGGGCACCAGGAUGCAGAUGCUCUCGAAGGCGGCCAAGCUCUCCAAGACCUACACCAACCACUGCAUCGGCGCCGUCUCCAUCGCCACGCUCAACAGCAUCGCGGGCAUCGGCACCAAACUGGGCUCGCCCGCCCCGCAGGGCUGCUACGCGGAGGCUCUAAACGGGGCGGCUCGCCACCACUCCCACCACCCCCCCACCCAUCCCUCCCACCACCACCGCCCCCAGCCGCCCUCGCUGGGGAACACCUAUAUCCUCCCCAAAGACAGCCAGGUCGGGCCCGACGUGAAAUCUGAGGCUGCGCCCAAGCGCGCUCUGUACGAGUCGGUGUUCGGGUCUGGGGAUAUCUGCGGCCCCUCUUCCCCCAAAAGACUUUGUAUCCGCCCCUCGGAGCCUGUGGAUGCGGUGGUGGUGGUUUCCGUGAAACACGACCCCCUGCCUCUUCUUCCAGAAGCCAAUGGGCACAGAAGCACCAAUUCUCCCACAGUAGUUUCACCUGCUAUUGUUUCCCCCACCCAGGACAGUCGGCCCAAUAUGUCAAGACCUCUGAUCACUAGAUCUCCUGCAUCUCCACUGAACAACCAAGGCAUUCCUACUCCAGCACAGCUCACAAAAUCCAAUGCGCCCGUCCACAUUGAUGUGGGCGGCCACAUGUACACCAGCAGCCUGGCCACCCUCACCAAAUACCCCGAAUCAAGAAUCGGAAGACUUUUUGAUGGCACAGAGCCCAUUGUUUUGGACAGUCUCAAACAGCAUUAUUUCAUUGACAGAGAUGGACAGAUGUUCAGAUAUAUCUUGAAUUUUCUACGAACAUCAAAACUCCUCAUUCCUGAUGAUUUCAAGGACUACACUUUGUUAUAUGAAGAGGCAAAAUAUUUUCAGCUUCAGCCCAUGUUGUUGGAGAUGGAAAGAUGGAAGCAGGACAGAGAAACUGGUCGCUUUUCAAGGCCCUGCGAGUGCCUAGUGGUGCGUGUCGCCCCAGACCUGGGAGAAAGGAUCACGCUCAGCGGUGACAAAUCCUUGAUAGAAGAAGUGUUUCCAGAGAUCGGCGAUGUGAUGUGUAACUCUGUCAACGCAGGCUGGAAUCAUGACUCGACACACGUCAUUAGGUUUCCACUGAAUGGCUACUGUCACCUCAACUCGGUCCAGGUCCUCGAGAGGUUGCAGCAGAGAGGAUUUGAAAUCGUGGCCUCCUGUGGAGGAGGAGUGGACUCGUCCCAGUUCAGCGAGUACGUCCUGCGGCGGGAACUGAGGCGGACGCCCCGCGGGCCCUCUGUCAUCCGGAUAAAGCAAGAGCCUCUGGACUAAAUGGACAGAUUUCUUAUGCAAAAAGGAAAAAACAAAAACAAAAAAUGUACACAACAAAUAACGCAAACAAAAAAGGGACAUUUAUGUGCAGCUGGGACAACAAAACCAAGUCCUGGACCUAAAAUUGAAUAAACAGACACAUUGAUAUCCAAUAGAGACCACACCUGUAUUCAUAUGGGAACAAUUGGAAUAGUGAUAUCCUCAAGGUGUAAAAAAAUAUAUAAAUAUAUAUAUAUAUAUGUCAAAAGGUAGGAAAUGCAAAAAAAAAGGAAAAAAAAAAGUUUCAAAAAGGUGGUAGCUACAGUUGGUGCUGUGAUGGCCGUGAAGUGUCCUGGGCCUCCCAAGGCCUCUGACCGAUAAACAAGCCAUGAGCAGUGAGGACGCAUCUCCUUACGGUUUUCAUUGCCAACAGCCAUCCAUUGUUUCCUUUUCCUUUGUCUUUCUUUUUCCUUUUUUUUUUUUUUUUUUAAAAAAAAAACAAAACAAAAAAAACACCUUGAAUAGAGUUUAUUUGCAGGAUGGAGGUUUCCUGUCCUCUGUUUAGGUGGGACGGGCAGGACUUCAGAAAAACUCUUCAUGAGCACACUGCAUUCGAAAGACAUUAGACAUGAAAUUUUAAAUGUAGUUUGUACAGAAGUCACACUUCUUUGCCCGCCUCACAGAUGUGAACAUGACUUUGUUUUUAAACUGAUCAGUUUUGCAAAGGGGCCAGAAUUAUUACUUGUUAGACUUGCUCCAGUUUGAGUCUGCUGCUUUCCUACAAUUUUUCAAAUUUUAUAAUGUAUUAAAUACAAUAAACUCUGUUUAAAAAAUAA